UCACCAGUGAUGAUGUAAUUGACAUGCCGAGAUGGGUUCUUGCUCUGGUUGGAGAAGAAAGACGUCCGAGACAGCGUGCACAGGAAGUACAGAGAGAGAGAGAGAGAAAGAGAAAGGGGUCAAGGGCCAUGUGUGAGAAGCUCACCAUGCUCAAUUUACAGAGUGGCACAGACUGGACAGCAGCUAACAACUGGUACCAUCAAUCCAGCACAAUGCCACUACACGGCUCAGAAGGCUGCGUUGUGGACGAGGUGGGUAUGGGGAUGGUGGCAGCAGAUGGAGUGCAGAGAGAGCGGGAGGAAGCAGAUGAGUCCCAGCUUCACCUCCAGCUGAAAAGGAAGCUCCAGAGGAAUCGCACCAGCUUCAGCCAGGAGCAAAUCGACGCCCUGGAGAAAGAGUUCGAGAGAACACAUUACCCUGAUGUCUUUGCCAGAGAGAGAUUGGCAGCCAAGAUAGACCUUCCAGAAGCACGCAUUCAGGUAUGGUUUUCUAAUCGCCGUGCAAAAUGGAGACGGGAGGAGAAGCUUAGAAAUCAGAGGAGGUCAGGGGGCGGGCCUUCCUCUUCCCAGCAGACCCCUACUCCUCUAAGCACUUCCUUUAACGCUGGCGUCUAUCAUUCUCACCAUGGCAACUCCUCAGGAUCCAUGCACAGUGGUCGUAGUGACACUUCUCUCUCUGGCUAUGGCUCUCUCUCAGUCUUCUCCAAUAUGCAGUCGCUGUCCCCACCGCCAUCUUCCUCUUACUCAUGCAUGCUCCCCCUGUCCCCCUCUGCCCCUCCCUCCCUCCCCCGCAAGUUCGAUUCACCUUCUUAUCCCACUCCUCACCUGCACCCCCCACACUCUGCCAGCUCCGGCACAGGUUAUCUAUCUCCAGGCACAUCAGUGGCAGCACAGAUACCGGGCGGUGAGCAGGACCUGGGCCAGUACUGGACCAGACUUCAGUAA